CAAUGUACGAUUGAAGAUUGUAGAUUAAUUUAUAUAGGUUACAUUUUUGUGCAAACAGUAUUAAUUUAAGAUAAUAUAUUAUAUUUAAAAUAGAAACGAAAGGUAUGUAAAGGUAAAAAUAUAAUGUAGGUAUUUUUUGGCUUAAAAUUGUGAUGUGCAUAUAAUUUCAUUGAAAAGUGCCCAAAAAUUUUACGUCAAUAAAUAAAUUUAAGCAGCACAAUGCGUCUUGUGCUAUUACCAAUAGCACUACUUCUAUGCAGUGUAUAUGUUAGUGCAUUUGAAGAUACAACAUUAGAAGAUGAUGAUUUUGCAGAAUUUGAACAGUUUGAUGCAGACGAUGAUGCAACUGUAGCAGAUUUCAGUAAAGAAGAAAAAGAGGCGCCUGUACAAAAGAAAACUCCAAUAAUAGAUAAAUUUUCACAACAAAAUGAUAUUGAAGAUGAUAUUCUUGUGGAGGACGAAGACAAUGAGUUUGAACAUUUCCAAGAUCCUGAAGAAUUUGAAGGUUUCCAAGACAGUACUCCGCGCAGUUCGGAACAACCCAAGAUCACAAUAUCUGAAGUUCCUAUAUCAGUGAGACCUCGAUGGGAUGCGUAUUGGUUAGAGGGCAUACUGUGCUGUGCCCUGGUCGCGUACGCGAUAGCCUACGUUGUUGGUAGAGCAAAGAACACAUCAAUUGCUGUCAACUUUUUGAAGCUCCAUAAACCAUUGUUGGAAGAUAAUUUUACUUUAGUCGGGGAGACAGAUGCGGACGUGGUGUGCGCGCAAGGCGAGCGCGGUUGGCGGCGGGAGGCGGAGCACUGCUUCACUAUGUGGUGUAGUGGACGAGUCUGCUGCGAGGGCAUGCUGCUUACACUCAAACUUAUCAAGCGUCAAGAUCUAGUGCAUGUGGUGAUGGACCUGGUCCGUCCUUCACCAGACACACUGCUGGUGCGGGUUGAGCUCGGCAAGGAUGACUGCGAUCCUUUCAUACUGUGUGUCGCACAGAAGAAGGUUGCCACCCGUCUCGCCAAGGAGAUGCAGGAUUUGAGCGUGUUCUGUCCGGAGCGUCGUCCGGGUGAGAAGCACGGGUUGCCGGUCAGUAUGAACGUGCUGUCCGAGUGCGCGGAGGCGACAGCCGGCGUGCUGGACUCGCGGCUGUGCGGCGCCAUCUCACAGUACCACAAACAUGUGCAGUACAUACACAUCUCUGAUAAAUACUCCGGACCCAAGCUGCUGGAAGAGACAGCGAUGACGAAGCCCCCGGAGACGGAGCGCGUAUUGCUGGCGAGCUUUGCUCUAGGUCCUGGCGGCGGCGGAGAGGAAGUGCGCCCUCUCCUGCAGCUCGUCUUCUACCUACUCGACAAACUGAAGCGGCUCAGACUUAGCAAGGAGGCUCUAGCGAAGUGCGAGAAGCGACGUCAGAAGGUGGCGGAGGCGUGGCUGCGCGGCGCACACGCAGCGCGACAGGAGCAGGCCGCGCAGAGGCGCGAGGAGAAGCGCAAGCAGGAGAAGGAACGAAUACUCGCCGAGGACGACCCCGAGAAGCAACGCCGCUGGGAGCUAAAGGAACAGAAGCGUCAACUCAAACGCAAAGCACCAAAGAUGAAGCAACUCAAAGUGAAAGCUCUGUGACCUGCCAUGUGAACCUAUAAUAUGAACCUACAAUAUGAACGUCGUUCGCGUAAUGAAAAUCAUGUGCAGUGUUUCCCCUUUUGUUAAUUAUAAAUAAGUGUUAAAUAUACUCCAAGAACGGCGAAUAAAUAAUUUAAAAAUU